UUUCGGUUACACGGUGUCUGUGCAGGUGCUUCCUGUCUGGCAGUUUUCGUGAUCUCGUUGGUCUGGGGUUUGGUCAUGUUUCGGAAUGUUUUGUGUAGUUUGGUGACAGAAACAGCUGGUGUCCACCGCUGUGUGAGCAGAGCGCCGGUGAUACAGAGGCUGACCGCCGCCGCCGCCUCCUCCGCCUCCUCCGCGCCGUUCAGGAGCUUCUCGGACGUGAAGGACGAAGUGCAGCCGCCUUUCGACGCCUCCCUGCUCGAGUUCCUCGUCUGUCCGCUGUCCAAGAAGCCGCUGAGGUACGAGGCUAAAACCAAUGAGCUGAUCAACGAGGAGCUCGGUAUCGCCUAUCCCAUCGUUGGUGGCAUCCCCAACAUGAUCCCUCAGGAAGCCCGACUCAUACAGAAAGACACGGACACCUCAACCACACCAACGCAAGGGUAGAAAGUCAUCACAACGCCGUCAGCUGACCCAAGCAAGCAGACCUAACGUGUUGUAAAGGCUGUUGGACUGAACGACACAGUGGUUGUGUAACCCUGCAGCUGGAUCCUGCUCUGCUCUGGUUACAUACUGUAUUGCUGCACAGUGAGAACUAGUUUAAAGUACAUGUAAUAUAUCACCUCAGAUAUUUAUUUACUCCAUACAUACAGAGGUAGCCUGUAUCAGAACCCAUCUGCAACUAUGUUCUCCCUGUCCGUGAUGGUGGGGCUCAUCCCGAUAGUGUCUCUCUUUGGUUUGUUCUACUCUGCUGCGGUGGAUGAGAACUUCCCUCAAGGCUGCACCAGCAGCAGCAGUCUGUGUUUCUACAGCCUGCUGCUGCCGGUCACCAUCCCCGUCUACGUCUUCUUCCACCUCUGGAGCUGGAUGGGGAUCAAGCUCUUUAGACACAACUAGACUGUUCUGACCCCGUUAAAGAUAAAAUCCACCUGAAAACACUUCAGUUAAAUCAUCUGUAGGUGUUUGCAUUUCUUCCAUUUUGUUGUGGGUUAAUAAAAUGUACAAAUAGAUUGUUUGACAUCAGCACAUUACCAGCUCAGCUACAAUGUAGUUUAAUAGCAGAAAGUGUUGCUUUCUUCACAAACACUUGAAAAGAAGAAAAGAAGUCAGUUCUGGGAGUAACCAUAGGUGGAGUUUUGCUUUAAUGCUCAUACUGGUUUUUUUUAAGGUGUAGGGCUACUGUGUGUAAUAACUGGCAACAAAUAUAAAUAAAGGUUUAUUUUCUUUUGAA